AUAUUUAGUACUUUAAGAAAAUAAAGCUUUAUCAUUAAUGAUAGAAAAUUUUUUAUUAAAGAAUGUUUUCCUGAAAAUUAGUUCUAGGUUGUGAUCGAUAAAUUUAAAUUUUAAUAUUCCGUUUUUCAUUUGUUUUGUAAUAUCGAAUGUGAGUAUUUUCUUAUAUUUUAGGCACACUUUUUCAGACUGAAACAUGGGAUCUAUGUUUGAGACGAUGGCUAAAAUUAGGAAAAGAUUUUUAUGAUGCACGAAAAGAUAAAUUUAAUAUAUCAAAAGUACCUGAUAUAUAUGAUUCAAUAAAAUAUGAGUUACUUCAUAAUAAAGAUGUUCUUCAAUUUCUAUAUGCUGAAGAUUUAUAUGUAUGUUCAAAAGCAUUAGCUGAUAUUGUUGUACCUCAAGAAUAUGGUGUGACAAUUGAAGAAAAACUAAGCAUAGCUCGUGGCAUUAUUACACCAUUACUUCGAAAAAUUCGAGCUGAUCUUCAAUGUAAUUUAACCGGUGUUAUUACUCAUGAUGAACAUGUGAAUAAAUUAGAUCCAAUUUAUUCAAGUGGUAUUCAAACUCCUGGUCGGCAUGUUCGUACACGAUUAUAUUUUACUAGUGAAUCACAUGUUCAUUCACUUCUUACAGUUAUUCGUUAUGGUGGUUUAUUAGAUGUAUCAAAUGAUGAACAAUGGAAACGUUCAAUGGAACAUUUAGAUACUGUUUCAGAAUUAAAUUAUUUAACACAAAUUGUUAUUAUGUUAUAUGAAGAUUCAAGUGAAGAAGAAGAUUCUGAAAGACGUUUUCAUGUUGAAUUACAUUUUUCACCUGGAGCUUAUGGAUGUUUUGAUGUAUUACCAGAAAUCGAUUCAGUUUCUCCAAAUAUUAAUUCUAUUCGUACUGUUUUACCUAAAAGUAAUCGACAAGCAGCUCAUAGUCCACCUAGACAUCGAAUUGAAAUGUUAAGAUCGGUUUCACCACCAACAACAGUAGAAUCAAGUAUGUCAUCAUCAUUAACACAACAUCCAUUAAACACAACAAUAACAUCAUUAGCAGCAGACCAACUAGUUCCAGAAUCGCCUUUAAUUACUGAUGAUAAUACUAAAAAAUCAAUACAAUCAGAAAAAUUACGUCAAAAAGUUGUUAAACAACGAUCAUUUUCGUCAAAAACAAUUUAUCGCAGUAAUAGUGCAAUGAUACCAAGUCGAUCACCAGAACAAACUAAUUCUGCUCAACUUAAUUCCAAUACAACUCAAGGUUCUAAUAAUUCUAAUAACAAAUCUGUUUCAAAACCUAGAUCUUUUGAAGAUGAUGAAUCAGAUUUAGAGCAAUCAACAUUAUCCCAUAAUUAUUACAAUACAAUUCAUGGUGCUUCAGCUAACAAAUAUAGUUCUAAUUAUGUUCCAGUAACAAGUAUUUUUAGUACAAAAGUAAUUACUGGUGCAAUAUCGACACCCGAUCUUAAUAGAUUACUUGAACGUAAACGAACUGGAUUGAUAUGUUCAGAAACUGCUGUUGUUGCUCCAUUAGAAACAUUAAAUACAAAUUUAAAUUAUAAAAUUCUCGAUGAUUUUAUUGGUAAAAUUACUGAUUCAACAACAAAAUAUUUGAUACCUAAUUCACUUAAUAAUGAUAAUAACACAAUUAAAAAUGUACAUAACAAUAAAUCUAGUUCAUCACCAAAGCAUAUUCCAUAUGUAUCAACAAAUCGAUUUAGUGUUCAAUCUGUUGAUAAUAAUAAUAAUACAUCUGGAAAUGAUAAAAAAUUACGUGUUAACUUUGAUAAAAUGACACACCAUUCAAUAAAUACAAUAACAGAACUUCCUGAAAAAACAUUAGAUGAAGAACGAUAA